AGGCCACUGUUCCGCCAUUACUACAAGGGAACGGAGGCCGUCGUCAUAGUGAUUGACAGUCAUGACAAGGAACGACUGGAUGAACUGAACCAUGACGUCAUCAAACCAGCACUUCAGGCAGAGGAACUUUCCAGUGCAUGUUUUCUUUUCCUGGCCAACAAGUGCGACAUUGAGCCACACAUGACGUCCGAGGAAAUUCAAGAUCGUCUCGGACUACGACAGCUCAAACAUGCCUGGAAUCUUUUCCACGUAAGUGCCUUAAGAGGGGACGGAUUGACUGAGGCUUUAGACUGGUUGGCAUUUCAACUUGGAUCCGAAGAAAUCCGGAGAAGUGUCACUCCAGAUAGUGAGGACAAAGUGGACAGAACCUUGAAUGAUCUCCCAUAUUGUAGUCGGGCUUACACCGCUAUUAAAUGUUUCUUUUUUAGGCCGAGUCGACAAGACAAAGUGGAGGAUGGACGAUGAAGUGUCUACAAUGAUUUCCCUUGCUUCAUUCGUAAAUCCGUUUUAUAUGCCAUAAAAGUGACCAUGUGACAUCAAAGAGGAUUGUGAUUGGUGGAUGAAUUUGGAAGUGAAUUUUGAUGUAACUUCUAAAGUUAUAUAAAUAUGAUUGAUAAACAUGAUGUUUUCAUUGUCAGCAAUGGUGAUGCUCGUUUUACAGAUAAAAAUAGUAUAUUUUACACUAACUAUUAUUGAGGGGAGAUAACUCUGUUUUAUGUAAAUGUUGGCGAGAGAAUAUUUCUGAUUUUCAUCGGUUGUUUACAUUGAUAUGUAUUUCAUUAAUAUAGAUCAUUUCAUUUUGUUUUGUUAUAUUUAUUUUGUAAGAUAUUCUUUGUGUUUAAUAUAGAUGACCAUGUAGUCAGCAAACAGAGAUUGUCACUAAGUAUGGACGAUAAAAAUAAGUAGAUGUUCACAUAAUACAGAUGUUCACCCAAUAGAAAAACAGGAGUCCACACAGUAGAAAGUCAGGUGUCCACACAAUAGAAAGUCAGGUGUCCACACAAUAGAAAAACAGGCGUACACACAAUAGAAAAACAGGUGUUCACCCAACAGAUUAAAAAGGUCUACACUCAACAGAAAAAUAUGUUCAUUACACCUGCACUGUAGUAGUGGUCAGUUUCAUUACCAAAUGCUGGUGGUGGUCACUAUACACAAGGGACCACCUAACACAUGAGGUUGUAAAGUACAGAAUACAUCAAAACACAUGGUCACUGUAAACAGGUUACAGUUAAACAUAGAUGGCAGCUAUACACAUGUUACAGCUAAACACAUGUAUAGCUGUACACAGGCAGUCACUAUGCACAGGUGGUCACUAUACACAGGUGGUCACUACACAAGUUACAGGUAAACACAGGUGGUCACUAUACACAUGUUACAGCUAAACACGUGUAACUGUAAACAGGCAGUCACUAUACACAGGUGGUCACUAUACACAAGUUACAGGUAAACACAGGUGGUCACUAUACACAGGUUGUCACUCUACACAAGUUACAGGUAAACACAGGUGGUCACUGUACACAGGUAGCCACUACACAUGUUACAGGUAAACACAGGUGAUCACUAUACACAGGUGGUCACUCUACACAAGUUACAGGUAAACACAGGUAGUCACUACACAAGUUACAGGUAAACACAGGUGAUCACUAUACACAGGUGAUCACUCUACACAAGUUACAGGUAAACACAGGUGGUCACUAUACACAGGUAGUCACUACACAAGUUACAGGUAAACACUGGUGGUCACUAUACACAGGUGGUCACUAUACACAAGUUACAGGUAAACACACAGAUUAUUCUGAUUACCACUAAAAUAUACAGUCACUACAUUCAUUUAAUAAUUCAAUAAAAAAUCAGGUCACUUCAUUUAAAAAAAGUGGUCAAUAUACUGAACAUUGCAUAAUCUUGGAAUAAAUAAGGUGUUGUCUCCCUUUAUAUGUUGGACUAGAAUUCAAAGAGCAAAGUCAUUCUUGAAAGUGUCUCAUCCUUAUACAAAUGGUUCAGAGAUGGGUGUGUGAAUGUGCUGGGUCAGUCCAGGAAGAUCACAAAAAAGGUUGAAAAUAUGAGAAAUCUGAAAGUUAAAGAUUGAAUCAGUGAAAAAGUGUUUGUUGAACAAAUUCAAGUAUUGAUAUGCUUCAGAGUAUAUAAGUUAUUUAUUGAAAUAAAAUCAUACAUUAGUUUGACGACUUAGUGAAGUAAGAUUCUACUAAACCCUUUGAUAUCGAGUGAAAAGUAUCACACUAUAAUCUUCUACUAAAAACCUUUUGAUGUCAUGCGUUAGUGUAGUUAAGAUUCUACUAAAAUCUUGUGGUAUAAACAAGACUAAAACACGACAUAUUUGUAUACUUUAUCGUUGUUUUUAAGGGCUGUAACCAUACAUGUGUAUAUCGUUGUCACGUGUAAACUGAUACUAAUAGAUGUUUUAAAAACAUUUAAGACUCUAGCCAAGUGUGUUUUUAUUAGUUAAAGAUUGUUUGUUCCAAUGCUGUUUGUUUUUUGGUGAAAUGUGUGUUUUAUAUAUAGUAACUGUGAUAUUAUGUAAACUACACAGAAAUAAUUAUUAAAUACUCUUUUAUCCAUCAACAGACUUAAUUUUACUGAUAUCGUUUCAGAACUACGGUCUUAUCGAUCUAUUUGAUCUGUGUUGUAGUUUCUACUGUUCUUCGUUUCUGAGGAUUAUGUCCCUUGUUUUGAGUAUAUUUUGCCUGUAAUGUGUUAGUUUAAGCUGGCGCUAUAGAUCAGUGAGCAGCUAUUUUUGUUUUUAUGUUUUUUCUUUUUCCUUUAUUUGUGUGUAUGGCUGAAGUGUUACUGAAGAUAUUGUUAUAAAUAAUGGAAAAUAAAAAGGUUUGUUAAAAUCA